AUGACGUGCUCCAAGAAGUUCAUGCGGAACUACAAGGUGUUUGACGCUGUGUAUGUCCAUCUCGCGGAUGAUGGAAUUGUCCAAGCAAUCGGCAGUGGGGACAUUGUCAUGUCGAUGAAGACACCCCAAGGGAUGAAGAAAGGUGUGCUCACAAACGUGUGGCACAUCCCAAAGUUAUCCAGAAACCCGUUCUCAGUCGGCCGCUUCACCAAGGAUGUCGACCCAGUGACGUUCACAAAGGAUGGGUGCUAUGGAGAAGCGAAAGGGGUCAAGUGGAAAAUUGGUGCCCGUGAAGGUAAAGGACUGUUCAAGCUGCAAAUGGCUUCAGCGGCGCCGGAACAAGCAAAUGCAGCCAAGUCGUCGGGAUGUCAAGGGGGCACCAAGUCGUACCUCUGGCACCUUCGGCUUGGCCACAUAGGUCAUGAUGGACUCAAUAGCACCGUGACGAAGAACAUUGGAAUUGGCAUCGACAUAUCUUCGGCGAAGAAGUAG